GAAACAUAUCAAAACAACAUAACAAUAACAAUAACAAAAAUGGGGUCUUCAAUGGCCUCUCUCAUUGCUUCUCUUUUAGUGGUAACACUUUCUUUAAGCUUCCCUCCUCAAACCUCAGCUGAUGAUCACUAUCUUUACUACUCUCCUCCUCCUCCCAAGAAAUCCCCACCACCACCAUCUCCAACACCAUAUAAAUAUAAAUCACCACCACCUCCUCCUUCAGUGUAUAAGUCUCCACCACCACCAGUGUACAAGUCUCCCCCACCACCACCCAAAUAUAAGUCACCUCCACCACCUACACCAGUUUAUAAAUAUAAGUCUACACCACCACCAGUAUACAAAUCUCCCCCACCACCACCCGAAUAUAAAUCACCACCACCACCUACACCAGUUUAUAAGUAUAAGUCUCCACCGCCACCAGUGUAUAAAUCUCCUCCACCACCACCAAAAUAUAAAUCACCACCACCACCUACACCAGUUUAUAAAUACAAGUCUCCACCACCGCCGGUGUACAAGUCUCCUCCACCACCACCCAAAUACAAGUCACCACCACCACCUACACCAGUUUAUAAGUAUAAGUCUCCACCACCGCCGGUGUACAAGUCCCCACCACCGCCACCCAAAUACAAGUCACCACCACCACCUACACCAGUUUAUAAGUACAAGUCUCCACCACCGCCGGUGUACAAGUCCCCACCACCGCCACCCAAAUACAAGUCCCCACCACCACCUACACCAGUUUAUAAGUACAAGUCUCCACCACCGCCGGUCUACAAAUCCCCACCACCACCACCCAAAUACAAGUCGCCUCCACCACCUACACCAGUUUAUAAGUACAAGUCUCCACCACCACCAGUCUACAAAUCUCCACCACCACCGCCCAAAUACAAAUCACCUCCACCACCUACACCAGUCUACAAGUAUAAAUCUCCACCACCACCGGUGUACAAGUCUCCACCACCACCACACUACAUCUAUGCAUCUCCUCCUCCUCCACACUAUUAGACUAUGGUUCCAUGAGGAAAUCAAGAAAGCGAUGUUAGAAUAAAGGAAGAAAGCGAAUUUCCGCGUUUGAUAAAUAUAUAUAUUCUGUGUCUUUAAUUAUAUAUAUAGUGUUUGUUAAGAAGAGGGAAUAAAGAAAAGCAUAUAGGAUAAAUUUAUUUUCAGUCAUCAUUUUCAUGUAUUCGAAAACUUGUAGUUGCCAUUGUUGGUCCACCAGUUCGGCCAUUUCAGUAAUAAAAUUUGCAUAUCGUUUUCGAA